AUGAUUCUGCCAAGUUUGAACAUCACUCUGAUUUUUACCAGUUAUGGACCACCUGGUGCUCUUAAUUAUGGAGUUUUUGUAAUCUCUCUUGCAGUCUAUCUUACAACUGUUUUUGCAAAUGUAACACUGAUGCUGGUGAUCUGCUUGGACACAUCUCUCCAUAAGCCCAUGUACAUAUUUUUAUUCAACCUAGCUAUUAAUGGACUAAUUGGAUCAUCUGCUGUACUUCCUAAAAUAAUGGAGAAUCUUGUUGAUGAUAUGAAAGAUAUACUGUAUACUGACUGUAUUCUGCAAGUAUUUUUUAUUAAUAUUUAUGGAACAUGCGCUUAUGCAAUACUGACACUUAUGGCAUAUGACAGGUAUGUUUCAAUUUGCAAGCCUCUACAAUAUCACAAUAUCAUGACUCCUGGUAAAAUAAGACUUCUGCUUUUUAUUGUGUACUGUGUUCCUAUCUGCUCUCUAGCUGUACAGGUGUACCUUACAUCAAGGUUGCCUACAUGCAGGUAUACAAUAAACAAGUUGUUUUGUGACAAUUUGGCCGUUGUUAAUCUCUCCUGUGCCAAAAAUACCUGGGGAGAUCUAUAUGGCAUAUGUCUGGUACUUGCUUUUGUGGUUCUACCUCUAAUCUUUGUCAUCUUAUCAUAUGUGCGGAUAUUAUUUGUCUCUUUGAAUGCAUCAGAAAAUGCCCGAAAGAAGGCUCUAAAAACAUGCACACCACACUUGAUUACUUUUAUAAAUUUUUCAUUGGCCUCUCUUUUUUCUGUGAUAUACAAUCGAUUUAAUUUCAGUCUUUCAAAAGAAGUUAAUGUGUUUAUGUCAAUUCAUUUUAUCCUGAUCCCUCCACUUCUACAUCCACUUAUCUAUGGAAUUAGAACAAAGGAGAUCAGCAAUAGCCUCACAAAAAUAUUACAAAGAAAAAUACUUGCACUUGGUUUUAAUUUAAAGACUGAACAAAGGUGUAAUGAUGCACUUUUUAUUUCUACUAAAUAAAUGGCAAAUGAACACAUACAAUUGUCUUAUAUUACAUUUUGUACAUUGGUUAAUGGCAUUGGAGUUGGAAUCUGAA